AUGAAGAAGCUGCAGGGCGCUCACCUCCGCAAGCCUGUCACCCCAGACCUGCUGAUGACCCCCAGUGACCAGGGUGAUGUGGAUCUGGAUGUGGACUUUGCUGCAGACCGGGGGAACUGGACGGGCAAGCUGGACUUCCUGCUCUCCUGCAUCGGCUAUUGUGUGGGCCUGGGGAAUGUGUGGCGGUUCCCUUACCGAGCCUACACCAACGGAGGAGGCGCCUUCCUUGUACCCUACUUCCUCAUGCUGGCCAUCUGCGGCAUCCCCCUCUUCUUCCUUGAGCUCUCCUUGGGCCAGUUUUCCAGCCUGGGGCCACUGGCUGUCUGGAAAAUCAGCCCCCUCUUCAAAGGUGCCGGCGCAGCCAUGCUGCUCAUUGUAGGCCUGGUGGCCAUCUACUACAACAUGAUCAUCGCCUACGUCCUCUUCUACCUCUUCGCCUCCCUCACCAGCGACCUGCCCUGGGAGCACUGUGGUAACUGGUGGAACACAGAGCGCUGCCUGGAGCACAGGGGCCCCAAGGGUGGCAAUGGCACACUGCCCCUCAACUUCACCAGCACUGUCAGCCCCAGCGAGGAGUAUUGGAGCCGCUACGUCCUGCACAUCCAGGGCAGCCAAGGCAUCGGCAGGCCCGGGGAGAUCCGCUGGAACCUCUGCCUCUGCCUGUUGCUGGCCUGGGUCAUCGUGUUCCUCUGCAUCCUCAAGGGAGUGAAGUCCUCGGGCAAGGUGGUGUAUUUCACAGCCACAUUCCCCUACCUCAUUCUGCUCAUGCUGCUGGUUCGCGGGGUGACUCUUCCAGGGGCCUGGAAGGGCAUCCAGUUCUAUCUCACCCCCCAGUUCCACCACCUGCUGUCUUCCAAGGUGUGGAUCGAAGCAGCCCUGCAGAUCUUCUAUUCCCUAGGUGUGGGCUUCGGGGGUCUCCUCACCUUUGCCUCCUACAACACAUUUCACCAGAACAUAUACAGAGACACCUUCAUUGUCACUCUGGGCAACGCCAUCACCAGUAUCCUGGCUGGCUUCGCCAUCUUCUCCGUGCUGGGCUACAUGUCUCAGGAGCUGGGUGUGCCUGUCGAUCAAGUAGCCAAAGCAGGCCCUGGCCUGGCCUUUGUCGUCUACCCGCAGGCAAUGACCAUGCUGCCUCUGUCACCUUUCUGGUCCUUCCUCUUCUUCUUCAUGCUCCUGACUCUUGGCUUGGACAGCCAGUUCGCCUUUCUGGAGACAAUUGUGACAGCAGUGACAGAUGAGUUCCCCUACUACCUGCGGCCCAAGAAGGCAGUGUUCUCGGGUCUCAUCUGUGUGGCCAUGUACCUGAUGGGGCUGAUUCUCACCACUGAUGGGGGCAUGUACUGGCUGGUUCUCCUGGAUGACUACAGUGCUAGCUUCGGCCUCAUGGUAGUGGUGAUUACCACGUGUCUCGCUGUCACCCGGGUGUAUGGCAUCCAGAGGUUCUGCAGAGACAUCCACAUGAUGCUAGGCUUCAAGCCGGGCCUCUACUUCAGGGCCUGCUGGCUGUUCCUGUCUCCAGCCACUCUCCUGGCCCUGCUGGUGUACAGCAUCGUCAAGUACCAGCCCUCCGAGUAUGGCAGCUACCGCUUCCCUGCCUGGGCCGAGCUGCUGGGCAUCCUGAUGGGUCUGCUGUCCUGCCUCAUGAUCCCAGCGGGCAUGCUGCUGGCUGUGCUACGAGAGGAGGGCUCGCUCUGGGAGCGGCUCCAGCAGGCCAGUCGGCCAGCCAUAGACUGGGGCCCAUCGCUGGAAGAGAACCGGACCGGCAUGUACGUGGCCACGCUGGCCGGGAGCCAGUCCCCAAAGCCGCUGAUGGUGCACAUGCGCAAGUAUGGGGGCAUCACCAGCUUCGAGAACACAGCCAUCGAGGUGGACCGAGAGAUCGCCGAGGAGGAGGAGUCCAUGAUGUGA